CUUUUGUAAGAGAAUUAUUUUGAAAUCCGUCUCCCAUCGCAUACAAGCGCACUUCUACUUCUACGACGCUGUACCGGACUAAUAGUCCACCUGAAACGCCCUCGAAAUGGCAGUCGACAAUUCCCUCUCCGCACUUUUAACUACCCUUACAGAAUCCAUCACCUCUGCGAUCCAAGCGCUUCCCGCGGCCGACACCAUCCUCCCACCCAAGGACGGCAUAUCCCUCCUCGAUGUGAAGAACGAGCUACUCCUCUCCUACCUCCAAAAUCUUGUCUUCCUUAUCUUACUCAAGCUACGCUCGCGCUCCGGAAAGUCACACCCUACGUCGGCGGAAACCAAUGGCACGAUCGAUGAAACCGUCGCAAAUGGCGACAGAAAGAGCGAAAGCCUCGACCGCGAAGUCAUCAAGAAGCUCGCCGAACUCCGAUUAUACAUUGAAAAGGGCAUUUGGCCGCUCGAGAACCGACUGAAAUAUCAAAUCGACAAGAUCCUCCGCACGGCAGAGACAAGCGAGCGCAAACCCACCGUCCAGGCUGAGCGACCGCGUCUUCCGAAGACGAAGAAGAUCAUGAAUCCCGUUGAAUCGGACAUCACUAGCGACGAUGGCUCCGCUGCUGAGAACGGCUUUGGAAGAGCAGACGAUGCAGAGGACUUGGAUACCACCUCCUUCGGACCCAACCGGGCCGCCUUUGUGCGCUCCAAACCCAGCGCCGCCGACGAAUCCCGCGCAUCUGCCUCCACUAAAGACGGCAUCUAUCGCCCACCGCGCAUCACGCCCAUGGCUAUGCCUACCACCACGGCGAGAGAAGAAAGGCAGGCGCGGCAUGCAGCCAAAUCCGCCACACUCGACGAAUUCGUCGCUACCGAGCUCUCCGCCGCGCCAAUGGCCGAACCGUCUAUUGGAAGCACCAUAGUGCAAGGAGGUCGGCGCAUGAAGUCCGACAAGGAGAGGCGCGAGGAGGCCGAGAGGAGAGAAUACGAAGAAGCGAACUUUGUGCGGUUGCCUACGCAGGGGAAGAAGGAUAAGGCGAAGAGUAGGGGCGGCAGGGACGGUGGUUGGGGUGGUGAAGAGUGGAGGGGUCUUGGAGCUGGGCUGGAUCGGAUUGAGAGGUUGACGCAGAAGAAGGGAGGUUCAUCGAAGGGAGCAAUGGGAAUGCUGGAGAGGAGCAGAAAGAGGGGCAGGGAUGUGGGAGACGGGGAUAGGGGCAGUGGGGCGCAGAUUGGGGCGGCAUUUGAGAAGAGGAGGAGGUAUAGGAGAUGAGUGUGAGCAAGAAAUGCUAAGAUUGAGAGUUUAAGAAUGUCUGUUUGGCCUGUGUGGGCAUCCAAGCCGCCUCGGACAUCCCGGAC